AUGAAGCGAAAAAGCGACGUCACGGCGGACACGGAGAGCGUGUUUGCCCGCUUGAAAUUGCAAUCCGGGAAGAAGGUCAAGUCCGUGCAAACGGACCGGGGCGGAGAGUACGUCAACGAGGGAAUGACGGCCCUCCUCGGAAAGAGAGGGACGGUGCAACGGACCACAGCGGGACAUUCUCCCAAACAAAACGGUUUGGCGAAGCGGUUGAACCGGACGCUCGAAGAAAGAGCGCACGCUUUGCUGGAGGACGCCGGGUUGAACCCGGAAGUGUGGGCGGAAGCGAUGGUCACGGCUAACUACACCCGGAACCGGUUGCGGGCUCGAGCGUGGACGGCAAGACCCCGGGCUAUCUCUACAAGGAAGGCCGGCACUCAGCCCGGUGCAAGGGCUAUUCCUACGGGAAAGGCUGGCACCGAGAGAGAGGAGGCUAAUUAUCCGCAGAGCGGAAGCGAGGAGAGCGGAUUGCCCAGGGGGGAUACGGAGUAUCCCGCGGACGAUGAGACGGCGGACUACGCGUAG